AGUAGUUAAUAAACCCCUUGUUUGUUUCCCUUGUGGUUGCUUCCUACAGUGGAGCAGUUAUGGUGGAGAAAGUUCAUAGUUACGUACACAGUUAUCAUCCAAAAUUUCACCUAACUGCAACUAAUUAAAAGACCAAUCUUUAUAUGCAGCAAGAAUUCUCCUUCAUCGUAUCAAUCAGUCAUUCAUAUUAUCAGGGAAAAAUUCGAAACAACAACUGUUGUUUUGAAUUUUUCCCUGAUGAUCCAUUCAUCAUCUUUCCACAAGAACGCCAUACUGUGAUCUCAAGCAAUAAGCAGGAGCAACAUAAUUAAAUCAUAAUCAACAAUGGGAAGCCCAAUUCUGGUGGAAUUCAAGAGACAGGCCUCCUUCUACCUCAAAGAGAAGAUCAAAACUGCUCGCUUGGCGCUUACCGAUGUCACCCCCGCACAACUAUUGGCAGAAGAAGCUACAAGCGAAAACGUAUGGCCGCCCGAUACACGCAGCAUGGGAGUGAUCUCGAGAGCAGCUUUCGAAGUCGACGAUUACUGCAGAAUUGUGGAAAUUGUACACGAUAGGUUGAUAAACUUCGAUGGAGAGAGUUGGAGAAUAUAUUACAAGACCUUGCUCCUGUUAGAACACCUUCUCACCCAUGGACCUCUGAGAGUUGCUGAAGAGUUUGAGAGGCAGAGGCAUGUUAUCAGGAAGAUUGGGUUUUCUUUCUCGGUCGUCGACGAAAAUGGCUUCAACUGGGGGUUGACCUUGGCAAACCUGUCCUUGAAGGUGAUAAAGCUAAUUGAAGACGGCGAGUUUCUCAUGGAAGAAAGAACACGAAAACGAAGAUUAAUGCGAGGGAUUCAAGGAUUCGGAAGAAGAUUCAACAAUGAACAACCUUCAACAUCAUUGUCGUCGUCGUCAUCUGAUACAGAGGAUGGCAGCCCGAGCAGGAAACCCUGGCGGAAUUCCAGCUACGAUCUAUCCCAAGAAAGAGCACAUUCUCCUGCAGAACUUUCUGCAGACGAUUUAGAUUCGGACGAUGGCAGCCAGAGCCAGAGCCAGAGUCCUGACUCCACAGGUGCCGGGAUACUACUAAAGGCAAUAACCAGGUGGAAUUCAAGCUGCGAUCUUCCCAAACUAAGGCUCCAUUCCUAUACCGAGCUUCCGCAGGAUGAACCAUCAGCUGAAGAUGAAGAACACGAGGGUUUUCCCACCAUUGAAUGCGACCACCCUUUACUAGUAAACAGUGACAUCCAGCCAUAGCAUCAGUUUCUUCUCUCUAAAUAAUGAAUAUUUCUCAUGAAAGACACAAAGCCGUUUUGUGUGGUAUGUAAAGGCCUAUGCAUUAAUUAAUUUUGAUGCUUUUCAUGUUGUGAAUAAGUAACGCAAACACAAUUAAUCAGAAGACCUUCGAGUGGGGGGAAAAAGAGAAUAAACAGAAUAGGUUUUACAAGCGCAAAAAAGGGAGAAACUUGCAUUCUAACAGUCAGAAAAAAGCUUCUUAACAUAGUAAAACAAAAAGCAAUUGGGACC